GUGAAAGGUACCCUGUGACGUCAGUGUCCCGUUGAAUGAACCAAAACAUGGCGGCUGCCAUGGAGCUGAGAUGCUGGGGAGGAGACUGGGGUUUGCCUUCUGUUCACACCGAGUCCCUCAUAGUUCUGGCAUACACCAAGUUUUCUGGGGCAAAAGUCGCAGUUUCUCCAAUAGACUGGACAUGGAAAACAAUCACAGUGACUGUCCCAGAAUUGCUUUGCGGCGACACUGCAGUUCAAGAACCAACACAAAUUCUUAACUUUCUGAGGAAACAAAGGUUUAAUGCAGAUUAUGAGCUGACAGCCAGACAAGGAGCAGACACAAUGGCCUACAUCGCUCUGCUGGAGGAGAAGCUGCGACCAGCUCUGCUGCACACGUUCUGGGUCGAUGCAGAAAACUACUCCAAUGUAACACGGCCCUGGUUCGCCUCACGCUCGCCUUUCCCGCUGAAUUUUCUCGUACCAGGACGUCUCGCCAGCGGCGCCCUCUCCCGCAUCCUUCUAACCACAGGAGAGGCACCGCUGCACAGAAUCUCUGAGGUGGAGGGAAAGAUCUACAGUGAUGCUAAAGAGUGCCUGAACUUGCUCUCCUACAGACUGGGAACAGCUAAUUUCUUCUUUGGCAACUCGCCGACCAGUCUGGAUGCCUUUGUGUUUGGUUUCCUGGCUCCCCUUCAUAAAGCCAGUCUUCCCAGCAGCCCUCUGCAGAGCCAUCUCAGACAGCUGGAUAACCUUACAUGCUUCUGUGACAACAUCCUCGCAGUCUACUUCAGCUCAGACCACCUUUGUAAGAUUGCUGCACAAGCUGGUUCUCUCCCACCUGUUCAGGAAACAAUGGAUGCCAACCUCCAGAAACUAACUCAGCUUGUAAACAAAGAGUCCAAUCUGAUAGAAAAGAUGGAUGACAACCUGCGCAGCAGCCCACAGCACAAACCCCACAGACCAGAGCCCAAACCCAGUCUGUCCAGUGCGAAGAGCUCUACUCCUGCCUAACACCUGACCUUUAAAUCCUGCUCCGUUUCUAUGAAUCGCAGAGCAGCACCCUGCACACAUAAGGUGCUGUUCAGAACAUGACUCUAAAAAAACAAACAAACAAACAAACAAAAAAUGAAUGGAAGCAUAUCUAUAUAAAUACAAGAGGCUAUUUUAAGAUAAUGAUGAGAGAUUUUGUCUGGAAGAGAAGUGACAGUGCAUGUGAGGCUUUAAAAAAGAAAAGAAGCGUGCAUGUAUGUGGUCAGCGAUGGAUUGCUGUGAAGUGGUGCUUGAUGAGAAAGACACAGAAAGUUCAAAGAAAAAGUCCAGCAGGGAAAAUCAGCGGCACAGUUUAACCUUUCAAUGUGGACCACUCAGCAGAUUUUCUUUAAACUUUUUCACUCUUUUUUUGUUUCGUUUAAAGGACACCUUCGAGACCUUGGUCACUACAGUAGAGCACUUUUAAGCUAGAGCACUUAACAUGUUUUACCACCAAGGAUCUCUUUAAGUACCUUCCUCGUGUCCACUUUAAAAUACUCCAUAAAUUCUGUUAACAUUUGAAUGGGUGUAAUGUACAGUGUGUGCACGGACAUGACUAUAAGAGUAACUAAUUUAACUUAUUUAACUUUGUUUCAGUUCCUCUGCUGUGUACAGCGUGUACAGUUGUAAAUAUUGUUAUGAGGAUAAUCAAUGAAAUUGACUUCCUGUUUCCUCUAAAAAGGAGCAGCUUGUUCAAAAUGUUGUUGCUAGACACACAGAGGUAAGAGAAGGGCCAUCCAUGCAUUAUAUUUGGGACUAAUGUGCUUGUGUGUGACCCGAGGAUCAUGUUUUUUUUGUUCACGAUGUCAUGUGGCUUUAAGAAUCUACUCAUUUCUGCUGUUGCUUUCGUUUUCUUUUUUCCACUACCAUUUUUGCUCAGUUUCGUUUCAAUUUUGUGCUGCUAUAAUUUCCUGUGCCACAGACUGAAAGGGUUGGAAAUGUCUCAUUAGUUAUCUUGGUUUGUUUUUUUUUAAACACUAUAAUUUGGACCACAAAGUUAUAAAUUCCCUCGAAGUGUUUCUACUCCGUAUGAUUCCUUUAUAUGAUUUCUCUUCACCUCAGACCUUCACAAAGUCACUUCAUGGCCGCAUGCCCUUGAAAGCACCGUGCUCUGAAACAGAUGUGCUCUGAAACAGAUGUGCUGGGGGGGGGCGGGGGGUGUUGAUGCUGUCUUGUAAGGACCAUAAGGGAAAAGUGUGCCUUCAUGACUCCUCGUGUCUUGUACAAGUGUCAACAUGCUGUGUUCUUCAUCAUUUUGAUACAUAUAUCCAAAAUUAUAUUUGUAAUUUCUGUUGCUCACAAUCUGUAAGUGUCUAUUAAAAUGCAUAUAUGAUAAAAACGG